UAAAAAUAAAUUCAAUAGAUUAGUAGAGGAAGAUAUUAAAAAAAUGACGUCACAAACGAAACGAAAAACAAAAACUGCUGCGGCACCAACAACAAAACAUCAAAGAUGGCAAUUUCCGCAACGCCAGAAUUAUUUGCUUUCAACAGCUGCAUUAAGCAUGUGCCUGCUGAUAUUUGUUAUCACGACAUUUCCUACCGACUGUCAUGCCAUCGACAUGGGCAAUGAACUAAAUCUGAAGCCCACAAAGUAUUCACAAUGGUCAAAGAAUGUCACAUAUUUCAGUUCAACUGCAUAUAAUGCACGUGGUAUGCAACCACUUUACGAUAUUACAUACAAAGUAUUGUGGUUUAUAGCUGGAGAACAUCCAAUACCAGAAGGCUACAUCACCAUUAAGGAUAUGAAGCCAGAACUUGGUCCAAAAGUUGAACGAAACGAAUGGGGAGAUUUAAUUAAACAUUAUUGGAUUAUUUUGCUGGUUGUUUUGAUUGUGGGUUUGCUGGUCAUAUCGAUGCCAAUUAUUGGAUUAUGCUUUUGCUGCUGCCGUUGUGCUGGUGCUUGCGGUGGACGUUCGGAGCCGUUUGAUAAAAAACAUGAUACUUGUCGACGUGUAUUUCUCGGUUUCCUGCUCAUACUGUUAGCCACAGGCAUUGUUUUUGGAGUUAUCAUUGCAUUCGCUACCAAUAGCUACAUGCAAAUGGGCGUUGACAGCGGCACUGAUGCGGUACGAGCUGGUAGUGCUGAUACACAAAAAUUCCUUGGUGUCACCUCAGAACAAAUUGAUCAUAUCUUGGUUACUAACUAUAAACAACUCUCGGAUCAACUCGAAAACAUUUUAAGGGAAACGUCUUCAUUUAUUAUAACACAGUUAGAACGAAAGUCUAUGGCGGUCUCGUUGCAAUAUCUGACAGAUUUUCUAGCGAAGUUACCAGAACUACGAGAUAAGCUGCAGCAUAUGAAGACAAUAACAAAUGAACUGCGUGUUUAUGCCUCUCAACUGAGUGACGGUUUACGCGGUGUUAAACGUGACUUGCUUCUUAUGCUCACUAAAUGUAAUCAAGAAGCCUGCCAGGAAGUUUUAACCAAAUACGAAAUUGGCAAAUUGGAUGCAAAUGGCAUACAUUAUGAUCAGUUACCUGAUGUUACCGAAAUAAUUGAAAAUUUGGAACAAUUAAUAAAUGACAACAUUGCCGCUGCAGGCAAUCGCGGACGAACUGCUCUGGACAACAUGCGUAAGCAUUUGAAUGAAACAAUCGCUAAACAUACACCACAAAUUAUACAGGCAAUUAACAAAGCUGGUCAAAGCUUCCAGAAGGCUUCUAAUGAUAUUAAAACUGAAUUGAAAAAGAUUUCUAAUUUAAUUGGUACUAAAACUGACAAAUACACUGGAGUUGCAGAUGACUAUCUUAAUGAAUAUGGACCAUAUCGGUUCUAUAUAGGCAUAGGAGUUUGCACAGUUCUGUUGUUGAUACUUAUUUGUUUAGUAAUGGCGUUACUAUGUGGUAUUUGUGGUAAACGGCCUGACGGUUAUGGUGAUGAUUGUUGCAAUAAAGGCUCCGGAUCACGCUUCCUCAUGAUCGCUGUGGCAUUAAUUUUCUUGACAUUAUCUGCUAUUGCUUUGGUUUGUCUAGUACAUUUUAUUUUAGGUUUAGUUGCAUAUCGAGGAGUGUGUGUACCAUUGAAGGAUCCACAAAACGAUGAAAUUUUUGCACUAUUGGAUAAUUCUAUUGAUUUGAAUAAUGUACUAUAUCCUUCACAAGGCAAUGGUAAAGCUGCCUCAGGAACUUUACCACCAUUCCGUAUAUCGCAUGCUAUAACAUCUUGUAAGGCGAAUAAUACCGUAUUUGAGGUUUUGCGAAUACAAAAUCGUAUAGAUAUUCAAGAAAUAAACGAAUAUCCUGCACAAUAUAAAAUUAAUCAAACUCUUGAUAAUCUCGUAAAUGGCAUUGAUUUUGAUAAUGAGAAUAUAGAAAUACUUAGUGAUGCGGAUAAAGAACGUAUUCUUCAAAUGGGCAACUCGGCGAUCAAAUACUUCGAUUCAGGCCAAUUUAUUGAUAAUCUAAACGAUACCAUAACUAAACAUUCCCUUACCGAGAUUUCUGAAAAAUUGCGACAAACUGCAUCACGGAUCACUAGUAGUGAAAUGAAAGAUGUACAAGUGAGUCUGCGCAAUCAAGCAUUACAUCUUGAGACAUAUGAGCAAAAUCUUGUUAUACCCAUGAAAAACCAGUCAUCCCAGUUAAUUAAUUUAGCGCGUGAUUUAGAUAAAAUAUUACGUUAUAAGGAGCAUUCAUUCCAAGAAUCAAUACCAUUAUUAGUAAAUGAAAUUGAUCGUGCACAAAUAUUUAUUGCAAAGGAUGGUAGACAGUUUGUUAAGGAAACUGCUGAAAGUUUAGUUAAUUAUUUCUCUAGUGAAAUUGUACGCUUCUUAGGCAUGGUUGUGGAUUCUGUAGAAAAUAAGAUUGGAUUGUGUGAACCAUUAGCACGAGUGUAUGAUGCGGGUGUUGUUGCUGCUUGCAAUCGUAUUGUAGAUCCAUGGAAUGGUUUCUGGGCUGGUGUUAUAGUAUGUGUUGUGCUUUUCUUGCCAACCCUUAUUGUAGCUGUUAAAUUGGCAAGCUUAUAUCAAAAAUCAGACCCCUAUCCUGGACCCUUAGUAGAGUCGGAGUAUUUGUAUGAUGCUUACAGUGAGCGUGAUCAUAUUCCAUUGGCAAACGGACCCAAAAAUAAACGACGAAAGAAUAAAGAUCGUCGCAGACGAGAAUACUAUGAAGAAACUGUAGGUUCUGGUGGGCAUGGAGCACCAUCCACGGCGUCUGGUGUACGUGAUACACGUUACAAUGAUAUGGCGCCCAAACACUGGGAUGGUGGUCCACCACGUUAUCAAAAUCCACCGAUGGCACCACCAGCAUCUGAAUACGAACGCCCACCGCCAUAUUAUUAUCCUGGAGCUACGGAGCAGGACUAAGUGUUCUAUAUUGAAAUUCAGUUUUAAGAUGUGUUUGAGGAAAUUCACGCACGCAGCAGUAAAUGUGAAAAGAUAUGAAUUGGUAUUAAAAUUUUAAAAACCCGAAAUCGAGUGCAACCAGCAACAAGAAAACAGCCAACGUUAUUUGAAAUUUAGACUUUAGUAUGUUAAACUUUCUAUUAAAAAAAAUACGAAUAUGUAAAAAAAAUUUUUGUGAAAAUUGUAAGAAACUUCAGGUUUUCCCCACAGAAAGUAAAAAUGGCUUUAAUCAGAAAUGAAAUAAAAAUAAUAAAAAUUAAUCGAAUCCAGAAAAAAUAAAAAAAUAUAUAAACUACAAUGAAAGGGGAAGUAAGUUAAAUGCAUAGAUUGAGACUGUAAAUUAAGUUUAUUAAUGUUUUUU